CGAAGCAUUAGUGAUGGGCUAUGAUGAGAUGGGAUAUGAACUUUGGAAACCCUAUCUCAGAGCAAUGAUGGAAUGUGAUAUGAAAGCAGUAAGCAUAGGUACAAAGAGGAAAUCUGAGGUUUUAGAGAGCUGCUUACAACAGAUGAAAGCUUGCUUUAUAGAUGCAAGGCACAACAAAGUGAAACUUCUAGGAGCUAUGGAUGUGUUUUUUGAAAGAUCUUCUGGGGAUGGACAUAAUGUUGGAGAGGUUGUAAGGCCAUGUAGUUUGUGUAAUGAAUCCAAUAUGGUGCUAAAGAGAAAACCUAAUGGUAACUUUAUGGUGGGAUGUUUGCGGUUCCCGCUUUGCAGAAAUGUUGUAUGGCUUCCAGGGUCAAUAUCGGAGGCAUCUGUCACUGACCAAAUUUGUCCCAAUUGUACCCCAGGUCCUAUUCACAAAGUUCUGUUUAAGUUCCGAAGAUUGGAGAUUCCUCCAAAUUAUGAUGCUGAUCAUUUGGGUUGUAUUGGCGGCUGUGAUGUGAUACUCAGAGAAUUAAUUGAGAUUUGUGGAACUGGGUCUCGCCAUCCUUCUGGCAUGUCAGCAAGAGGUCAGCAAGACUCACAUCCUCCGUAUACUUCACAUCGAAACAAUACCAGGCAGGACUUCUGCAGGUAUUGCCAACAAUCAGGGCAUUCUAUGAAUGAUUGCCCCUCCCAAGUUUCCCGCCAACCGUCUGCUCGAUCUCUCCGAUCCCAGAAUACAAGAAGUGAUUCAGGUCAAGUUACCUGUGACUCUUGUGGAAAAGCAUGCGCAUUGCGAACUGCUAAUACAGAAAGUAAUCAGGGAAGACAGUUCUAUACAUGUCAAUCACGGGGAUGCCACUUUUUUGUAUGGGCAGACAGUUUGGAAAAUGGUGGCAUUCAAGGACGUGGUGGAUCCCGUGGGGGUGCCAGCCGGUCGUCUUCCACCUCAAGGAGAGGUGGUAAUGCCCGGGGUCAGAGAGGUGGGCGUACUAGCAGCAGCACAUUUGUAUCAGCAACUGGAGAACCAAUAUCGGGUAGCUGCUUUGUAUGCGGUGACCCUUCCCAUUUUGCAAAUGCCUGCCCCAACCGUGGCAGGUAAUUCUUUUGAAAGUUCUCAACUUGCACUUUCACAAUGGCCCCAUCUCUCGCUGUUAUUAUAUGUAUUUAUGGUUCAUUAGUUAUCUGAAAAUGUUCUUCAUAUGGGUUUUUGAGUAUCAAGUAAAGUGCUCAAAUCCUUCGGAAAUGUGUACUUGAUACCGUAGAAUUGGUGUAAUUUAUUGUCCUUUUUUUUGUAUCAGUUGAUUCAUGCAGUUAUCAAA